GUCAACGUUUCACUCUUCAACAGCAAGCUGCAGAUAUUUUAAGUGUUCUCAAGAACAAAUUAAUCAAAAAUUAAUCAAAUUAAUCUUUCUAAUCACUUAGAUUGAUAUCUAUAUAAGUGUGCGUUUUUAAAGUUAGACUUCUCUACAUUUAAAAAUUAAUUUUAGAAACUCUUUCGUACUACAUUAAAUAACAACAUGUCUCAAAAAACAAUUUUAGUGCUUCUAUCAUUUAUUUACUUGUUAGAUUUACUAAGUGCUCGUCCUGCGGAAGAACCGACAAAAUUUAUUCUCGGCAACAUACAAGAUAAUGCAGAAAAUGCUGUACCUUCAAAAUUAGAAGAAACAAAGGAAUUGUUAGAACGUGUCGCUGAUACCAUUAGAAUUGGUCAAGGAAGAUUUGUCAAUUUAAUAACAUUGGCCAGAAACAUCGUUGCCAAUCGAGCAGAGCAAAUAAACAAUGAAUUCCGAAAUAAUUUUGACUCAUUGAUUGCUAAAUCUGACAAACCUCAAAGUCGCAGGUCUCUACAACCCACACAAAGUACAACGUCAAUGGGUUUGUUUCGCCCGAUAUAUCGAGAGACAAUUCGUUUAGAAAAUGAAACUGCCCAAGGUAUUUUAGAGAGACGAAAACCUGACACUGUCAGACAACUUUUAGAUAGCUUCCUAACUCCAAAACCUCUCGUUGACCGAAUUAAGGAAGAAGAAAAAUAUGGUAAUACGGGAGAUAGAUUCAUCGGAAUCGGAAAGGCGGUUGUUGGUGGAUAUGAGAAUUUCAGCAAUUUUUUGAAUGCCCUAGUAGACUUCCCUGUCGGUGUCGCCAGACAAACUUCUCAAGGAAUAACGCAUACAUUGAAUAACAUAGGAGCACGAUUCAUCGGACUCCAAUAAUAAAUAUUAACAAAUGUGAAUAUAUAAACGCAAUUAAAUGAUAUAAAUUAAAUAAAAUGUUAUAUAUUAUAUAAGACACAGAAGUAAAAUUCUGAAAUAUCUUAAUCCUAAUUGGUGGGUUCAGUAAUAUAUCCGGAUAUUUUUUUUAUCAAUUAUGUCAAAUCUUUAGAUAAUGUUGUAAAAAAUUAUAAUUAUAACAAAUAUUUUUUACCUUACACAAUU